AUGGGUUCAUCAGGUGGUUCUGUUCAACAGGAAGCACAUUUCGAAGUGGCCUCAGGGCCUAGCGAUACGCUCACAAUAACUGACAACCGAACUGGUCAAACUUAUUGUCUUCCCAUCGAACAUAAUGCAAUACGUGCCACAGAUUUCAAGGCCAUCAAAUGUCCGGUUAAGGACAGAAACCCGGCCAACCAAUAUGAGAAUGGAAUUCGUCUCUUUGAUCCGGGAUUUCAGAACACGGCCUGUAUGCAAUCUCAGAUUACCUAUGUCGACGGCGAGGCUGGAGAGAUUUACUACCGCGGCAUUCCUGUUCCAGAAUUAUAUCGCUCUGGACGACCUUUCGAACACGUUGCUUUCCUUCUUAUCUUUGGUCAUCUACCAACGAAUGAAGAAGCUGCUGCGCUCAACACGUCCAUCGCCGGAACGCCACCCCUACCGCAGAACAUCUUAUCCAUGAUCAAGCAGCUGCCACUCGAUGCCCACCCCGCCACAUGUAUAGCUUCUAUCGUCGCCGCCUAUGCAGCAUCUCGACCAGAGAAAAUCCCUGCCCAUUGUGGCAAGAACAUUUACAAAGGGAAUUUGGCAGUGUGUGAUGCUGAGAUCCCCCAAUUCCUGGGGACAUACGCCAUGAUUGCAACAGCAAUAUUCUGCCAUCUCAGACAAGAAGAGUGGCAACCUCCCAAGCUGGAAUACUCAUACACCGAGAACGUGCUUCAUAUGCUCCGGUUUAUUGACACGGAGACUGGUCGGCCCAAUCCAAGAGUGGUCAGCAUUCUCAGCAGACAAUGGAUUCUAUGUGCAAACCUGGAGCUUACUAACUCGACGGCCGCAUUCCUACAUGCUGCGUCGACGUUGUGCGAUCCAUGGUCCUGUUCCGCUUCCUCGAACUUGUCAGGUACAGGAAUUCUACACGGUGGCGCCAUGGAGGUGGCGUACAAGCAGCUGGAAACUAUUGGGGAUGUUUCUGGCGUUCCCAGGCUCAUUGAGCAGGUAAAGCAGGGCAAGCAACGGCUUUUUGGUUAUGGCCACAGGAUGUACAAGGUCACCGAUCCAAGAGCCGCCUUCGUCCGCGAGCUCAUUGCAGAGGCGACGAGUGAUCCCGAGAAGUUGAAAGCGGACAAAAUUCUCCAGGUCGCCCUAGAGAUCGAGAAAAUCGCCGCAGAAGAUGAAUACUUCAUCUCUCGCAACCUCUGUGCCAAUGUUGAUCUGUUCCUAACAUUCGUCUAUAAAGCAAUUGGCAUCCCAGCCAACUAUGUCCUUCCCAUGUGCCUCCUCGGUCGCACUCCAGGGAUGGUUGCGCACUGGCGCGAGUCUAUGAGUGAUCCGAAGCCGCGCAUGUGGCGUCCACUUCAGCUAUAUGUUGGUAAACUGCCGAACCGAACUGAGGAAAAUAGUCAGGGCCCGAAGGACGUGCUUGAUGACAAGUCCUAG